UUUCGGGACGGGGAGGUUUUGGGUCCGUCCCGCCCUUUUCGCGCAGGAGGAGGUGGCGGUCGGGAGCUCGGCGGGGAGCGGAGCGGCGCCGCGGGACCGGCACCAUGCCGCAGAACGAGUACAUCGAGCUGCACCGCAAGCGCUAUGGGUACCGUCUGGAUUACCACGAGAAGAGGAGGAAGAAGGAGGGACGCGAGGCUCAUGAGCGGUCGCGGAAGGCGAAGAAGAUGAUCGGGCUGAAGGCAAAGCUGUACCAUAAGCAAAGGCAUGCCGAGAAGAUACAGAUGAAGAAAACAAUCAAAAUGCAUGAAAAGAGAAAUACCAAGAAAAAGAAUGAUGAAAAAACACCUAAAGGAGCUGUACCAGCCUACCUGCUGGACAGAGAGGGCCAGUCCCGGGCUAAGGUUCUCUCUAACAUGAUCAAGCAGAAAAGGAAAGAAAAAGCUGGGAAAUGGGAGGUUCCUGUGCCAAAGGUCCGUGCACAAGGAGAAACGGAAGUGUUAAAAGUAAUUCGUACAGGAAAGAGAAAGAAGAAGGCCUGGAAGAGAAUGGUUACAAAAGUUUGUUUUGUUGGAGAUGGCUUUACCAGGAAGCCUCCUAAAUACGAGCGAUUCAUUCGACCAAUGGGCUUACGUUUCAAGAAGGCACAUGUGACACAUCCUGAACUUAAAGCUACUUUUUGCCUACCUAUCCUUGGUGUAAAAAAGAAUCCAUCUUCUCCUUUGUACACAAGUCUGGGUGUAAUUACCAAGGGUACUGUCAUUGAGGUGAACGUGAGUGAGCUUGGCCUUGUGACACAGGGAGGCAAAGUUAUCUGGGGGAAAUAUGCACAAGUCACAAACAAUCCAGAAAAUGAUGGCUGUAUUAAUGCGGUUCUACUUGUUUAAGUUGUUUAAUACCAAGCAUUGAACAUGGGCUCCUGCAAAAUCAGUGAAGUUUCAAGAGGUUUGCAAGAUCCCUGGGACCAUUCGAGAACGCUGAUCCUGCAAGCUGGCCAGGAACUUAAAUGUGCCAGAAACAACUGCUGGAGAUUUUAUAUUUAUGGUAUUUGCUCCAAAUAAAGUGAUUCAAUUUUCAUGUUU